UUCCGUUCGUCGAGCAUUUACAAACAACGUGUCGUGUGACUUUAGUUAAAAUGGUGUCAGCAAAUCCAGCAACUAUUCUAAAUCUUAAAAACAUUUGUAGAUUGUGUGGUAACAAAAUGGAAUUAAUGUGGAUAUUCGAUACGAAGUUUAAUUUCCCUCAACCUAUGAAAAGUAUUGUAUCAGCUGUUACAACGAUCGAGAUUAAUAAAGAAGAUUUUCUUUCUCAAAAAAUAUGCUCAAAGUGCGUCGCAAACGCCAUCAAAAUGUACCAGUUCCGUGAUGAAUGCAUAAGGCAUGAUAAAGUUAUCAGGGAACAACUAGAAGAAUUACUUAAAACUGAUGAAAAGCUUAGAAAUUCUUUGUCAAAAGAAAAUAAAGUCUCACAAUUACCAAAAAAAGAAGAAGAAAAGACUGCUCCUCCGGAAACAAAAAAACCUGCAGAAAAGUCCUCGGUUAAAACGUACACGUUACAUAACAGCGUCAAAAAUCUUUUCAAAGCGUACCCUCAACUUAGAAUGCCUGCCAUAACUCUUAAAUGUGACAUCAAUCCUAGCGUCAUAAUGGAAUUGGAUGCUGUGGAAAAUUACUUUAAAGUUAGAGAAUUAAAUAUAGACAGAUAUGUUCAGAAGACUUCGAAAACACCGAAAACAGUAGCGAUUAAGAGUACAUCAGCACCAUCUAAACGUUUGACGAAAAAUCCGUUCAGUGCAACAGAUAUAAUUGCUAGACGAAUUAGUAAUAAGGUAAUAAAAAAUCAUCCUGAUCCUGAACCUCCAAAUCUUCUGAAAGAACCAACAAGUAAACGGGACAGGAAAAGAAAACGACCUUUUAGCCCCAGUACCACACCUAAAAUUUUAAAGAAACCACUCAUAGAAGACUCAGUUAGUACGACCUCCUCGUUAAGUCCAGUUCCAUCAAAUUUCAGCGAAGAUUUUUCUGACGUUUGCGGCAUAGCCAAGAAAUCUCACGAAUUACACGUGUGCAACAUCUGCAAUUCCGUUCAUUAUCACGCAAAAGAAUUGAAGAAGCAUCUGAUCAAACACUUGUAUUGCCAGUUUUGCAAACGCAAAUUCAAAACGAUGGAGAUCAAAGAAGAACAUAUCGAAUCGAGUUGUAAGAUACAGAAAGCAAUGAAGGGCAUGACCAUUUUGCCCGAUGUGUAUCUAGUGAGGGUCGAGUUAGAUAAGAAAAUCAUACAAAAAUACGCUAAAGCUUUAAUUGAAUUAGAAAUUAAAAAUGAUGUUAUAGAAAUUGAGUCAGAUAAAGAAAAUAAAAAUAAAAAAGAAUCUCCGAUCAUUAAAGAUGAACCAAAUAAUUUCACGCGCCCGAAAAUUGAAAUUACAGACGGCCUUUUAAACAAAAUCGUACUAGAUAACAGCCACUCCACUGAUGUAAAACUUCUGAAAACUCUUUUAAGUUCUUAUAACAAGAAUCUCAAAAAAAAUGUUAAUUUUAAUAAAAAAGUCAGCAGUCAAACUCAAACCAUAUUGCCAACUAACGAGUUAAUCAAAACCCAUCGGGAAGAUGGUUCGAUUGAAAUGCAAGCUAUAAUACAACAAUUGCAUUAUUAUAAAAUUCCCAUGCAAAUUAAGUACGGUACGAUUAUUAACGCAUGUUAUAAAUACGAUUGUAGGAAUGAUGAAAAUAAGGUAGUAGAACAUUGGGAUGAUCUUAUUCCAAUAGAUCUUCCAAAUGAGAGUAAUCAAGUUUCAAGUUUACAAGACUACAUAAAAUCCGAAGAAUUGUUUAUUGAUGAUAUUCAUCAUUCGCUUAUAAUUGCAGAUGAAGAAAUUGAUGAUGAUAAUGAUGUGGAUAUUGAAGGGAUUGAAUUAGUCGAUAUGGAGACAGAUCAAAAUAUUACCGAAGGUAAUAAUCAUUUGACAGAACCUGCUAAAAGUAAUGAUGAUAAUGCUGAGAAUGAAUUAGAUAUUGAAGGACACGGUUCAGUCAAUAUGGAAAUUAUUGAAAAUGUUAGUAAAGCCACUUCUCCUUUCUAUAAUCGUUUGAUAGUACCUACUCAAAUAAACACAUCAGGUAGCACUGUAAAUUGUGACAGUAACUUUUGCCAAAAAGAUUUAAUUAAAGAAAUUAACAAUAUAAAAGAUAUAAAUGAUGAUCGACAAUUAUUUACUUCUACAGAAACGUUUACUUUGAAAGAUGCUAUGUCUAAUAUUGAUAGAAAUAAAUGUAACAGAGAUGCGGCUGAUACAUUGAAAGAAAGUUCUGUUCCAAAUGGUGACGUUACAGAGGUGUUGAACCUGGAUAACGAAUGUUCCAGCUCUCAAGAUGAUUGUUUUGACGAAAUCAGGGAUGCGAGAGACCGUACCAAAGAAAAUGGAUGUGGUGAAAAAUUACACGAUAAAGCUUUGUUAAUUAAAGAAGACGGAGAUGUAUUGUAUAAUUCGCGUGUUAGCAGUGAUAAUGGAGGAAAAUACGAAACAAAUCCGUUUGCCGAUCCACUCUUUUUUGCGAAAGAAACGGAGAUGAAUCUCGAUGUUGAUGAUUCUAAUUCUCCAGUUAGAACUGAAGAGAGUUAUAUAGCUACAUCUUCGCAUUCUAAUGAAUCUUCAAAUAGUUUUCCUUUUAUAAGAGUAAAGACUGUUUUUGAAUUGACUCAGUAAUGUUAUAUAAAUAUUUCUAUACAUUUUUUAAAUUAAGUUUUUUUUAAGUUUUUACUAUAACUAUUCCUGUUACAAAAGUAAUGAGUUAAUUGUUUUUUAAAUAUUAAAUCCAAUGUUAGAUAAUUUAAUUUUUAUAAAAAAAAAUAAAAUCAUUUUAACGAAAAAUCGGCUAUUUUAUUGAAGCUCC